AUGCCAGUGGCGCUAUUUUUGCUGCUGGCAUUGAGCAGUCUGAUUCCGAUAUACGCGAGAAGUAACGGCGCCGGAAACGUAUGCGAUCUUGGUCGGAGACCAAACACGAGGCCACACAGUGUCUCGAUUCUGGAGUUUGGUGCUGUCGGAGAUGGGAAAACGUUGAACACAAUCGCGUUUCAGAACGCUGUGUUCUAUCUGAAGUCUUUCGCCGAUAAAGGCGGUGCUCAGCUCUAUGUCCCUCCCGGACGGUGGCUCACCGGAAGUUUCAAUCUCACCAGUCAUCUCACUCUCUUUCUCGAGAAAGACGCCGUCAUUCUUGCCUCACAGGAUCCAUCGCAUUGGUACGUCGUGGAUCCAUUACCAUCAUAUGGAAGAGGCAUUGAUCUACCAGGGAAGAGAUACAUGAGUCUGAUAAACGGCUAUAAGCUACAUGAUGUAGUAGUUACAGGUGAUAACGGUACUAUAGAUGGACAAGGCCUGCUUUGGUGGGAUCGGUUUAACUCUCAAUCUUUAGAACACAGCAGACCACAUCUCGUCGAGUUUGUCUCUUCCAGAAACGUCAUCGUCUCUAAUCUCACCUUCUUGAAUGCUCCUGCUUACACUAUCCAUUCGGUCUACUGUAGCCAUGUGUACAUUCACAAAGUAACUGCUAAUACUUCUCCAGAAUCUCCUUAUACAAUCGGCAUUGUCCCUGAUUCUUCUGAUAAUGUGUGCAUUCAAGAUUCUAGCAUCAGCAUGGGGUACGAUGCAAUCUCCCUAAAAAGUGGUUGGGACGAAUACGGUAUCUCGUACGCAAGACCAACUGCGAAUGUACAGAUAAGAAACGUUUACCUCAGAGGAGCUUCUGGUUCGUCCAUUUCCUUUGGCAGUGAAAUGUCUGGUGGAAUAUCUGACGUGGAGGUCAGUGGCGCUCACAUGCACAACUCCUUCUCCGGUCUUGCGUUUCUAACAACCAAAGGAAGAGGCGGUUACAUGAAAGAGAUCGAUGUUUCGGACGUUCAUAUGGUUAACAUUGGCACUGCGUUUCUAGCUAACGGUAGCUUUGGAACUCAUCCGGAUUCAGAGUUUGAUGAGAAUGCUUUCCCGUUGGUUAGUCACAUCCGGUUAAAUGACAUUGUUGGUGAAAACAUAAGCGUGGCAGGAGAUUUCUUUGGAACGAAAGAGUCUCCUUUCACUUCGGUUUUGUUACUGAAUAUCUCUCUGUCCAUGAAGAACAACUCUGAUGAUUCUUGGCGAUGCUCUUAUGUUGAUGGUUCUUCGGAGUCUGUGGUCCCUGAACCGUGCCCGGAGCUGAAGAUCGGUUUUGAAAGUUUCUAUGGCAGAGCAGAGGCCUAA